CCAUAGGUUUGGAUAAAAUGCUAAACACUUUGGCUUUCGUUUUGGUUUUCAUUCAAUUGGGAAAUGGAUUCAAGUUUUGCGAUAAAUUCAAAGAAAACAAUUACAAGAUUUCUUACGGUUACAGACAUAUAGUGAACGCAAACGACGCGUUCAGACAUUACAUCUUCAUUGGACACGACUUCUGGCGAUUGAAACCAAACGACGCAAUGGACGACAAACUCAAGACAGUGUCCAUCGAUGUGGAGAGCAGUGGACACAGCGAUUGGUUUGGCGGCGAGUAUUCAAAGGCUAUUUGUCUGUUAUAUCUGUCAUAUGAUAACAUGGAUAAAAGACAGGAAGAAUACGGCAUCAGUGGACUCAUGAAGACGGGAAGUAAAGACAUUGAAUGGACUGUUUUGGACGCAAACCUCAACGUUGACGGCAAUCACAAGCCAUCGGCCAAAUCGAGUAAUUCUACCGACGCUAUGACAGCGACUAUGUCUUGGGUUAUGAAUUACGUGUAUUCGCGCAAAAACUCCACACAUCUGAGACACGUGUACUUCUGGGACGGAUCUAAGACACUGUCGCGUCAUUUCGCUGACUACAAGAACCCCGACCUCCCGGAAGGCAUUGACGAGAGACGCCAUUAUAAACUUUACGACCAAAUCCUCGCCAACCGAACAGUGUUUCCAGUGAUCGCAGUCUUAGGCCAAAGAGAUUUGAGACAAAUAAGUGACGAUUCAUUGAUUGUAUUGUUUCAACACAAACACGAGAUUAAGUAUUGUUACGCAGAUCUUAGUCCCGACAAAAUGCCAGAAGUGUGCGAAGACAAGAAUCUCAAGACACUCAUUGACUGCGAUCUUAAUCUUCCUCCGACACCGACUCCCACUUUAAGUGCCAGUCCCUCGACGUCCACUUGGAUUGUAUUAGUGAUACUCGUUAUCGUUGUUGUUGUCUUAGUUGUGGUCAUGUAUUUUGUCUAUAAGUGGUUCACAAAAGGCAAAACCGAUGACAAUUCUGGACAACAAAGCAACGCAUCGGCAGUCAGUGACGCCCAGAGAUCCGAGUGCAAACAACUGGGCGUCAGAGAUGUGCCUAACGUUUGUCUCUCUGCCUAUCUUUUGGGACGUCUUUUGCAACAUAAAGACAAACAAUUAAUUAUAGACUGUCCGACGGGUUGUGUUUGGACGGGAAAAGAGAUACACGACGUGUGUAUGAGUUUGGCCGACGCCUUCAUCAACCGAUUUGAUCUGAAUCCGGGCGAUACCGUCGGCUUCUGGUGUCCCAACAGUGAUGUUCACGCCAUCGCUUUCUUGGCCACCAUAUCCUCCGGAGCCACUUAUCUUCCAAUUGAUCCCAAUAUGAGUUAUGAUGAUGUCUAUCGAGUGAUUAAAUUAAGUUCCGCUAAAUUCUUGAUCUGUUUGUCGGAUAACACGAGUGAAGCGCUGAAAAUAUUACACGGAUUACAGAGUUUGGAACGUUUGUUUAUAAUCGAUGGUAACACCGAUCCAGACAUUGAAGACACAAAGAAUUGUCACUUUUUAAUGCAAUACAUGCGAUACAAACACCGACCGGAGGCCGACUCGUCGACCAAACCGUUGCCGAUUCCGGUGCCGAAGACCGGAGACGACAUGUGUGUUAUGCACUUCAUUAGACAGAUCAGGGAUGAAACGGCCAAUCAGUUGACGCCAAUUCUACUGACAAAUAGCAAUUUGAUCCACUCGUGUACGCAAUUACAGGACUCGCAGAUACUUCAGCUGACCGGCGAUGACUGCAUUGUCGGCCAACACUUCUCCCACUAUUUAGGAGUCGUAUUGUUUUGUCACUCAUUAGUGUCCGGCAGUAAAAUAGCGUUCACUAACACACAAUUCAAUCGACAAAAUACACUGCAAUUUAUACAGAAAUAUAACAUUACAAGUGCUUCAAUAGAUUUGUACGAAGUCUUGUAUAUGUGUCGAAAUGAUGUCGAGAUCAAGAAUAAUAGUAGUAAGUUAUGCUAUGAUUUUUCAUCGCUAACCGAUAUAAUACACACCGGUUCACCACUUCCUCACUCGGACUCACUCACUGAAGAGGUGUUCAGAAAGUUAUGUCCCAAAUAUUUCCGAUCAAUAUAUGGAAAGCCAGAAACAGGUAUCAUAUCCUGUGUGUGGAAAAGUAUGUCGACGUUUGACACAAACAAAUGCAUCGCAAACUACUAUACUGUCGGACAUCCGGUUCCCGGCGUUCAGAUCAAGAUAACACAUCCGCAGACAGAGAAGUCCCGAUCGGCCCAUAAAUUAGGCGAGAUUUGUGUGAAAAGCCAGCAAACUAUUGAAAAGUCACGCAACCUAUCGAUUGUAACCAGAAAUGCCUUUACAAUUGACGGCUUCUACAAGACUGGAGACGCCGGCUAUUACGACAACGAAGGGUUACUGUAUGUCGAGAGUCGAGUCAACGAACUUAUCUAUGAAGACAAUAAUGUAAUCAAUCCGUUCGUCGUUGAGGCCAUUCUUCUGCAGCACUCGGCUGUGAAAGAGGCGGCAGUUAUUGGCGUUCCCGACGGCACUUACGGCCAAAUAUGUUGCGCUUUUGUAGAGUUGGAGGCAAACGCUGCGGUCAGUGAACAGACAUUACGAGAAAUGGUGUCAAAUAAGGGAAAGGAGUUGAGGGCAGGGAUUAAGUUUAUUGAGUCAAUGCCCAAAACUUUGCGAAAUCAAGUGAAUCGCACGGCUUUACGAGUGAUUUACCAUAACUUCCACACAUACUCUCUCAUUGAAAUGCUUUGA